AUUUUAAAUACAAUAUGAGAAAGUAAAAAAUGUCAUAUGCACACACCAGACGAAAUCAAAUAACGAGUGCACGCUUCUGUGUAUAUGGGCUGUGAUUUCCCAUCGGAAUCCGCCGCCCUUCUUCCAAAUUUCCACCCUCGAAUGCGGUUUCUAUGCAACUCUCCCACCGCCAUCACCACCCGCUGUUCCAUCUCCUCCACCGAGACCAGUGCACGACCCUCCACCAGCUCAAGUCCAUCCAUGCCCGGAUCACCGUUCAGGGCUUCGCCUCCCUCCACCCCUCUCUCGCCCUUACCAAGAUCCUCUACGCCCUCACCCUCCUCCUCAUCCCCCCUUCCCUCCCUCCCGCCGACUCAUGCACCGCCUACGCCCUCGCCCUCUUCCGCAGCAUCCCCAGCCCCUCAACCUUCCCCCACAACCUCCUCAUUAGGGCCCACACCCUCCUCUCCUCCCCUAUCCCCGCCCUCCUCCUCUUCGCCCACAUGCGCCGCUCCUCCGUGGCUCCCGACUCCCACACCUUCCCCUUCGCCCUCAAGGCCUGUGCCCGCCUCCGCUCCCCCAACCUCGGCCGCUCCCUCCACUCCCAAGCCCUCAAGUUCGGCUUCGCCGCCGACCUCUACGUCCGCAACUCUUUGAUCAGCACCUACAAUUCCUGCCUCUCCUUGCUGGAAGCCCAAGGCCUCUUCGAUGAGUGCCCGUCGGCUCGCGACGUCGUCACCUAUAACACCUUGAUCGACGGUUACGUCAAGGCUGGCGAUUUUGCCUUUGCACGCAAACUCUUCGACGAUAUGCCUGAAAGAGACGUAGUGUCGUGGGGUACGCUCUUGGCGGGUUACUCGCAGAUGGGUCAGUUCGAGGAAGCCAUCUCAUUCUUUGAUCUGAUGCUUGCGACGGGAACGAGGCCUGAUGAGGUUGCUUUGGUCUCGGUACUCUCUUGCUGUGCUCAGCUAGGGAAAUUGGACCGAGGUGAAGCCAUCCAUGAGUACAUCAAGAAGAACAGGGCUAAACUUAAUGUCUAUCUGUCGACGGGGCUGGUGGACAUGUACGCAAAGUGCGGCUGCAUUAGCGUUGCCGUGGAGAUUUUCGAGUCAACACCACGGAAGAACUUGUUCACAUGGAAUGCUAUUAUCGUUGGUCUGGCCGUGCAUGGGAACGGUCAACUGUCACUGGAGUACUUCGAUAGGAUGCGAGCUGUGGGUGUUGAGCCAGAUGGGGUGACCUUCUUAGGAGUCUUGGUGGCCUGCAGCCAUGCAGGACUUAUUGAAAUGGCUCGGAGUCUCUUUGAUGAGAUGGAGAGCAUAUAUGGUGUCGAACGUGAGCUCAAGCACUACGGGUGUAUGGCAGAUUUGCUUGGUCGGGCCGGGUUGGUCGAGGAAACGAUGGAGAUGAUAAAAGGGAUGCCGAUGAAGGGCGAUGCGUAUGUGUGGGGAGGCGUGCUCGCUGGUUGCCGAAUACAGGGCAAUGUGGAGAUCGCAGAAAUUGCAGCUCAGCAUCUUUUACAGCUUAACCCUGAGGACAGUGGGAUCUACUCCAUUAUGUCUGAUGUAUAUGCUACUGCUAAGAGGUGGGAGGAUGUUGCGAGGAUAAGGAAGUUGAUGGGUGAUAAGAGAGUGAAAAAGAAUGUUGGUUGUAGUUCGGUCGAGGUGGGUGAUGGAUCGCUCCAUGGCAGACUGAACUAUGCACCUUUUAGGUGAGGUGAGGCGAGGUUAAAAUAGAGAGAGAACAAUGACAGUUGCAGUUGUUUUGUUAGUCAUCAGCUUGGCCAUAGAUCUGUUUGGUUGAGUAAUAGAUAGGCUGGAAAAGAAGACUAUUCAAUUAGUGUUUGAUGAAAGUAUUUAGAACUUAUCCAGGGAUGCACCUCUUCAUGGCUUAAGCUUCCAUGGUUACAAAGUUCUUGAUGGUUUAGGACAGCCCAACACUACUGAUUCCCAAACCACAGGAAGAAAUAUAUGCCCAGGCCCUUCGUUUUCUUGACUCUACCGGACUUGGAAUCCAAAGUACAGUGUGCCAACAAUCUGAAAAUUAAACUCUGUUAGCACAAAAAUGAAAUUUGAUCAUACAGUUGCUUCUAUCUAUCUGAAGUUGUGCUUC